UUUCUUAUUCGCGUAAACACUUCCAGUGGUGAGUUAUUCUCGUUCCUUAAAUUUAGAAGAGAAGAAAGAAAAAAGAAUUUCAAGAUGAGCUGUGGACUGGGAUUAAUAAAAUACCUUCUCUUCAUAUUUAACUUUAUUUUCUCGUUAUGCGGCUUAGCUAUUCUUGUAGUCGGUAUUCUUAUGCACAUAAACCUUAAUAAUUACAAAGAAGUUGUGCAAGAAAAUGUGACUGUCCCCUCGGUGACAUUUAUUGUCAUUGGCAGCAUCAUUUUUGUUAUUGCAUUUUUCGGAUGUUGCGGUGCGAUACGUGAGAGUCAUUGCAUGACGAUAACUUUUGCAUCGUUCUUGUUAACGAUACUUAUAGUGCAAAUUGCCGUGGCGAUAUAUGCAUUUGUAGUCUUCAGGGAAUCUAAUAUCAACGUUAACGAUACAUACAGGGAAGUAUUCAGUCGUUAUUGGACUUCUUCUACGGAGCGAGAGAUCGUAAAUAUCAUUCAGAGUAAUUUAAAAUGCUGUGGUGUUGACUCAUAUCGUGAUUUUUAUGGAUUUAAUGGUACUAUACCUUCGAGUUGUUGCGAAACGUUGCAAACGUCAUCCUGUCCAGAGCAAUUGAGCUUCCAAGUUGGAUGUAGUCCCGCGUUGAAGAAUUUCUUGAUCUAUGCUGGAAAAGUAUUGGGAGGUAUUGCUAUCGGUAUAGCCUCAGUCGAGUUGAUCGGUAUUAUAUUUGCAUUAUGUCUGGCACAAUCGAUAAAGAAUUUCGAGAAGAGAGGUUACAGAGUAUAGGUCGAUAAUCUAAGAGUAUUAUAUCCGUUUAAUAUUUUUUUCUUUUUUUCUUCCUCUUUCUUUUUUCUUCCUUAUAUCAUACACAUAAAUUAACGAUAAAAUUACCUUUGGGGAUAGUCUUUUCUUGCAAUGGAAAUUAAAUUUCUGGAGAUGAAAAUUUCUCAAUGGAGAUUUUCUUUUAUAGAUACACAAAAUGUUUGUUUAAUUUUACAGGUUUAUAGAUUCUAAAGAGAAUUAUGAAAUUGGAAGUAUAUUUGCUUUGUUCUUUUUUUCUUUCCUUUUUUAUUUUCUUUUUCGUUGCUUGAAAAGUAGUAUUUUCAUAGCAAUAUUUAUUUAUAUUAAAAUAGUAUUUUGUUGCUUGGAAAAUAAUAUUUUCACUUUAGAAAAGGAAUCUGACAAGAAUAAAUUGCGUUAAAAGGAAGUAACGUAGUCGAAUAGACGAUAUCUGUAACUUUUGUAACGUAAAGGAUAGAGACACGUAACGUACCUAAUUUUAUAUAAAAAUCAAUCAAUUCAUAAGAAAAGUUUGUUAUCGUUAUUCCAUCGUUAACGGACAACGAAGAUAGAAAUAUACUUAUCAUACGUAUAUUUGCGUAUGAUAUAAAAUAUAUAUACAUGAAUUUAGUAUUAUUAUCUUAUUCUUUGUACAAUGAAUAUUUGAUUUAGAUUUAUCAUUUGUUAAGCAAACUAUACUGUACGCACAAAAAUAAAAUUAUCUUCUAAUAAA